GGGCUGUGGAAUAUCAGUGGAGAGCCAUGCAGUGGAUCUGCCAUUAAUGGAACCGACUUUGAGGAUCCAGCUAAUAAUCCAGCCAUCAUUUGUGAUUGUACUUAUGAAAAAAAUACUACCUGCCACAUCACCCAACUGAGAGUUUAUGCUCUGAACAAACGAGGGGUGUUUCCAGAAGAAUUUGUGGCUUUAAGAUAUCUGACCUAUUUGAAAAUUGAUCAGAAUUAUUUCACCGGUCCCCUACCAGCAUUCAUCGGCAAUAUGUCCGCAUUGACGUCAUUGUCAAUUGCCAUCAAUUCAUUCUCUGGGCCCAUCCCCAAGGAGCUUGGAAACCUUACGGAGCUAACUACACUGUCCUUUGGAUCAAAUAAUUUCUCUGGAACACUCCCUCCAGAACUUGGUAACUUAGUCAAGCUCGAGCAAUGGUAUAUGGACAGCUGUGGACUUAGUGGUGAAAUUCCUUCAACAUUUGCUACACUCAUCAACAUGCAAAUCCUCUGGGCUUCAGACAUUGCUUUCUCAGGAAAGAUACCUGCUUUCAUUGGGAAUUGGACAAAACUAACUGUUUU